AUGGCUGGGGAGAACAACGUGAAGCCUCCCUUGCUGUUACUGUUCCCAAAGCGCUCCGAUUGCGUCUACACGAGCUGCUUCUGCGAAGAAAAUGUUUGGAAAUUAUGUCAAGAUAUUGAAAAUCGACAUCCCACCGAACUAAAGUAUUGUCACGUAGCUUUCGUAAGUAAUCAAAAUCGUACCGUACCAUUGUGGAGGCAGCUCUCUUCCAAAGAAGAAAAUAAAAUGGUAGUUUGGGACUAUCACGUUAUACUUAUUUAUGCGCCCGACGACAGAGCAGUGGUUUACGAUCUUGACAGCGAAUUGCCUUUUCCUACAUUCUUCUGGAAGUACGCCAUGGAGACCUUUCGAAGGGAUGAAGCGUUAUCUCCUAAAUUUCACAGAAAGUUUAGAGUCGUGUCCGCUAGCGAUUACCUCAGGACUUUUGCUUCCAACAGGCAACACAUGAAAAGAAAAGAUGGCACGUGGAUCAAAACUCCCCCUGAUUAUCCUCCAAUUUGUACUCCAACCUACCCAGACAACUUGGAUAGUUUUAUUGAAAUGAAUCCCGACACAGGUAUUGGGAAAAUUAUGACCUUGAACCAAUUGUUCGCUAGAUUUUAUCGGGAACCAAAUCCACCGAUCGUUCAAAUAAGCCAACAACCAGCACAACAACCAACUGCUCAACAAAAUGUCGUUCAACAGCAAGGCCCUAUACAACCAGCGCUGUCAAAGCCUACUUCCAAGUAA